AUGUCCGAUCCCAGAGCAGCAUCUCCAAAGAUUGAGGACGACGAUGCCAACGUCGACGAGGAACUCGCCUUGAUGCAAGCUCAGCUCGAGGCCAUGGAAGCCGAGAAGAACGCCCUCGUUUCUGCUUCGGCCCCUGCCCCUACUUCUGGCACGCCCGACCACCAAGCACCCGCCGACGGGACAAGAGAAGGAACACCGAGAGCGGGUGGAGAGGGAGCGGAUGAAAAUAUGGAGGAGGAUGGAGAGUCGACGGCGUCUGUGGAUCUGAGGAGUGUCUAUGUUGGUCAGGUCGACUAUUCAGCUACACCGGAGGAGAUUCAGGCGCAUUUCCAAGCGGCUGGAACUAUCAACAGGAUUACGAUUCUUUGUGAUAAAUUUACGGGGCAUCCUAAAGGAUACGCCUAUGUAGAAUUCGCCGAACCAUCAUGCGUCCAAAACGCCCUUGUCCUCGACAACAGUUCUUUCAAAGGACGUGCCAUCACCGUCAAAGAGAAGAGGACAAAUCUGCCGGGAAUGAACAUGACGAACCGUGGACGGGGACGGGGCAGAGGACGGGGGGGAUACAGAGCCAGAGGAGGGUUCAGAGGACGGGUCAGGGGACGAGGACGGGGCUACUACUAAUCUUGUAUCAAAGGCAUGGAACAUGUCUUGAAGAAUAUCAUACCAUAUAGACUGGAAAUGGGGGAGAGGAAACAGUCACGCCCAAGGGCUAUACAAAACAAACAUGUACCAGUAACAACAGGCUCUACCAAUAUGCCUCGAAUGCAGAUGCCAGCACACAUUGUCGCAUUUCUGGUUCAACUGCAAAGUCAAUGGUCAAGCUUGAGUGAGAGAAGGGUAGGACAUCGCAGGGACAACAAGGACAUACGUUAAGAGACUGGAAACUGGCCACAACAAUGGCCGGGACAGCCAGAGCGUGUAUCAGUAUGAGGGGAGCGAGUACCCAAGGGCCACUCAAUCGUAGCCAUGUCAUGAAUCGUAGGUAAAGAUGCAAAGACAUGAAACGGUUUUACACACCUCAAGCCAGUUGCGAAUCUUUCCAAUUCGGCAUUCAAAUACAUCUGCCUCAGGGACGCCAGGGCACAGGUGAUAACCGCGGCCGUCGUGCAGCCCCACCUCAGUUGACUCCGCCUCUUGAAUUCUACAUACCUUUUCAUAAACAUGAAG